AUGUACUCCUACGUACCAAAGACUCUCACGAAGCCGGCACCCAUCAUCGUGGCAGUACACCACUGCCAAGGUUCUGCCUCGGGAUACUCCAGCGAGUCACAAUUGAUGCCGCAGGCCGAUAAGCACGGUAUCAUUUUAAUCUAUCCUAAUUCGAAAUCCGGAGGUGGCUGCUUUGAUGUGGCUUCACAAGCGACUCUGAAGCACGACGGCGGCGGCGACAGUCAAACAAUUGCGAACAUGGUCAAAUAUGCGGUAGACAACUACGGUGGUGAUGCGAACAGGACUUAUGUUGUUGGAACCAGCUCAGGUGCCAUGAUGGCCAACGUGUUAGCUGGUGCCUACCCAGAUGUGUUCAAGGCAGCUUCCGUGUACUCCGGGGUUCCAGAUGGGUGCUUCGCCGUCUCAGGCUCGACCGCCACCCAGGACCCGCCAGGCUGGUCCAACUCGUGCGCAAAUGGGCAGCUCACACAUACCGCGAAAGAGUGGGGUGAUUUGGUACGCGGAUACUACCCGGGAUAUACCGGCUCUCGAACCAGGAUGCAGAUUUUCCACGGAACUUCCGAUAACACACUGCGAUACCCCAACUAUGCGGAGCAGCUGAAACAGUGGUCGGAUGUGUUGGCUCUUACUGCAAAGGUGGACAAGACCAAUACCCCCCAGAGCGGGUAUACGCAGACUAUCUAUGGCGAUGGCACUACAACAACAGCACAGCUAGUAGGAUACAGCGCUCAAGGUGUUGGCCAUACUGUACCUCAGCACCCAGACAUGGAUAUUGCUUUCUUCGGCAUCUAG